UUAUCAGCUGUUUGUCUUAGUCGGUCAUUUUAGAAAGUAAAAACGAAAGUCUGCUGAGAAUGAGAUACCGUUAGCUCACUAUUCCCAACAGAAACUUAACAUGGACGAUCACUUAGAUUACUGCUGGCGCUUACUCGAACACGCCGCGCAACAGCGUUACAUUCCCGCGAUGUUAAACAUACUUGAUGUUCUUUUUUUAAAUCUCGCAUUCGCGGUUACUUUUACCGGUGUUUUGAUUAAUUACUACGAAAAAUAUGUACCACCGUUUAUCAAAAAGGGUUAUUUGUACGGGUCCUUCGCGUACCAAGGCUCAGAGGCUAAUUAUUUGCAAGUUUUAGAAAUACCGAAAUCAUAUUACAGACACUUUUAUCUUUUUGCGUCAUUGUUUAGUGUUUCUUCGCUGUUUUAUAUGUGCAUGGUAUAUUUCCUAGGUUUCGAGGUGAACAAGUAUGUUAUUUUGGGUUUGAAGUUUACAUUAAAGGAGUAUGAACCAUCAGCCUCUGUUGCAACUGCUUUAGUAGCCAUGAUGCUGCUUACGGUGCAAUGUAUGAGAAGAUUGUACGAGACAUAUUACCUGCAAGUGUUUGCUAAGAACAGCAAGAUGAACCUGAGCCACUAUCUAGCUGGCAUAUUACACUAUUAUGCUUGUAUACUGGUUGCAAUCGCCCAGGCUCCUUUAUUUUCUGGAGAAUCACGAAAGAACAUAACAUGGAUUGACACAAAAACCAUUUACCUGGUUGUACCUUCAGUCCUCAUUUUCAUGUGGUGUUGGCAUGAACAGUACAAGACCAAUAUUAUCUUUGCAAACAUGCGUAAAGACAAAAAGACUGGUAAAGUUGUAACUGAGGACCACAGUGUGCCAAGAGGGAGGCUUUUUGAGUAUGUGUCGAGCCCGCACAGGAUGUGUGAGGUAGUGAUGUACACUAUAUUGUUGAUGCUAAUACCGACCAAGACGUUCUUCUGCAUUUAUUUAUGGGUUUUGGGUAAUCAGUUCCAAACAGCAAUCACAGCUCACGAUUGGUAUAAGAAGACCUUCAGUAAUUAUCCGCCCAACAGAAAAGCUAUCAUUCCAUACAUAUUUUAAUAUGUCGGCACCAGCUUUUAUACAAUUGUAAUUGUCCAUAACCACACUAUAAAUAUUUACAUAUUCAUAAUCACCCAAUUUUCAUAUAUUAUAGAAUGGAAAACCCAAAAUUUAUUAUUAUGAAACAAAUAUGUACCUGUUCAAUAUUCAAUGAAUCUGAAAAUGUAAUUGUUUAUUUUUAACUAAAUACUUAGUAAAUUUACGUAAGAAAGAAAAGAAUAAAUACCAAGUAUGCGAUUUCGUGGUCCAUGUAAUUUGAACAGUUUGCAUACAUUCAUUAAAAUAUUGCGAAAUGUUUUUUUUUUCAAUAGGUAUUAAUUAUGAGGCUAUAGAAAUGUUUGGUUAAAGGUCGGCAUUACAAAAAUUUAUCAAUGUACGUAAAAUUGACGAAAUUACAUUUCAAAUUGUGAAAAAAUUGGAGGCAUUUAUUAGAUUAGAUGUUCAAAAAGUGUAUUUUGUACUAUUUAUUAAUAGACCUAGUUUGGAAAGGAUUGUAUCGACAAAUGUAUUCACAUUUACUGUGAAAUACAUAUUUAUACAUAUUUAU